GUUGCUCAUUAUUGCGUAUGAGGUGUCAGCCAAGGGUUGGUGGAACAUGUGCUUUUGUGACAUGGGUGAAAAAAGCCCCAACUUUUCUCGCUUUAUACGGCGUUUGGAUGAUGUCUCACAUGCCGAUCCUCGAUCACUUCUUCCACUCAACAAGUUCUUUCCCAUCGUUGCACUGAGCAUGGACGUGACUUUGUCCCCAACGCAAGCACUUCUCCACUAGGCAAAGCCUCUUCACCGCACCGACGCACCUUCAUGGUCGGCUUGGAAUUAUCAGUCUUGUGCAUGCGUUGGCUCGGGGUAACGGGGCACCUCGGUUCUUGAAUACGCAGGUGUGCAUGGUUAAGAAGCGACUCGGGUUGUCGUUUUUGUCACUGCUCACGCUCGCAAAGUCACCACAUCUGCAAGAUCGUCGGACUCGUUCUAUCCAAAGCCCUCCGUGAUCUUUAUAUUUCUUAAUUUUUGGUGAAAGACGGCAAUAUGGUGUCGGAGUGGCUUUCUCAGCUAUCCAGCCUGUCGGGCACGCCGGUCGACUACCUCAAGCUUUUCGGCUUGUUCCUUCUGUCGUAUCCCCUAGCCUACCCAUUGCCGUAUCUGUCCCCAAGGGCCAAGCACAUUGCCAAUGUGGUCCUUUCCACUUUCUUCCUGGUUCCGGUGAUGAACCUCUAUAGCGGCUACUUGCAGCUUCUCGGUACGAGCUUGCUGACAUACGUGAUGGUCAAGUACAAGGUUGGUGGAAAGCGGAUGCCCUGGCUAGUGUUUGCCGGCCAGAUGGGGCAUUUGACGAUCAAUCAUCUCGUACGCCACUUUGGUUCGAUUCCACUCACCACCAUCGAGAUCACAGCUGCACAAAUGGUCCUCGUCAUGAAUCUCACUACGUUUGCUUGGGACUGCUAUGACGGCCGCCAACGUUCCGUCGAACAAUGCGACGACGCACAAAAGAAGACACGUAUCGCCGAAAUGCCCAGCAUUCUCGAGUUCCUCGGGUAUGCCUUUUACUUUCCGGGUGUCAUGAUCGGUCCUAGCACGCGAUUUGCCGACUACAAGAAAUGGGCAGACGGCUCAUUAUUCCCGCUUAGCAAGUCGGAAAAAGCUAAGGGUGAAAAUGGGAAGCCAGUCGUUAGCGUAAACGGCAACGGGCCAGGGCAUGAGCCUCGACCUCCCCCUGCAGGACGGGUAUCCGCAGCUCUCACAGAACUCGGCGUCGGUCUGGUUUUUAUGGCUAUUUACAGUCUCUAUUCGGCGCAGUGGGACUACUUCCGCCUCAUCACUCCGGUGGCGGAAGGUGGCGUUAGGGAAUGGGCCUGGUGGAAACGAAUCGCCUUUGCGAAUGCUGCUGGGUUUUUCGCGCGGACAAAGUACUACGCUGUUUGGAGCUUGACCAACGGCGCAUGCAUCAUGUCUGGUUUAGGUUUCUACGGCAUCAGUCCAGACGGGAAGACGAAGUGGAACAGAUGUCAAAAUAUCAACAUUGCAAAGAUUGAGUUCGCCAACAACUGGAAGGAGCUCUUGGAUGCUUGGAACAUGAACACAAAUGUCUGGCUCCGGAAUAAUGUAUACAAACGUCUCACGCGACCCGGCCGCAAGCCGGGGUUCAAGACAACUAUGGCCACUUUCCUGACGAGCGCAUUUUGGCACGGUGUAGCACCCGGCUACUACGUCGCAUUCUUCCUUGCCGGCGUGCAGUCCUCCAUUGCUCGUCAACUGCGACGGCACGUACGCCCGAUAUUCUUUGCCGACACACGCGCUCCCAACCCAUCCUUUGGCACCCUCAGCCGGUAUUCGCCAUCGCAGCUGGUCUACGCGGGCUGUUCAAUAGCCGCUGUGCAAUUCACGCUCAACUUUACCGUUGCGCCAUUCUUGGUGCUGGACUUUGGCAAGAGCAUCGCAGCAUACCACAGCAUGUGCUGGUACGGGGCCAUCAUGGCGUUCGGUAGCAUGGUUUUCUUUAGAAUGGGAGGCGCCAGGUGGCUCGACCAACAGAGUGGGCGCGUUCGCAGGCCCAGAGGCGUCACCAGCGCAAGCGAUAUCACGGACGGCGACGAUGAAGUUGCAGGAAGCAAAAAGACGGCUGGCGAGCACUUGGUGCCAGAUCUUGAUGCAGUAGAGGCGGUGGCGAAGGAAGCAGUCGCCAAGUAGAAGGGUCGCUAAUAAUUCGGGGACGAAGGCAAGAAGUCAAUCGAUUAAGUGGGGUAGCAGGCACAGCAAGCUGGACAAGGGCUGUAGAAAGAUACGAGCCAAAGCCACAAGCUAAAUGAGUAGCGAUAAAACGGCCUCAGCAAUGCUUAAAUGAUGUCAGCUACAUGUAUUAAAUGAGCUUGCGAGUGAUCC